UAAGUUCAACAUUGAAAUUCGCGAUAGAUGCAUGCACGCUUAGCACAUGUCACAAUGAAACGCGAAUUUUGUUUGUUUUUGCUUAUUUUGGUGUUUAAAAAUGUCGUUGAAUCGGCAAAACUUAACCAUCCGCGUGUUUUACUACCCAUAUUUCAAGACAAAUCCAUCAACUUCACGCUGGAAGUGGUCGAACCCAAUUGCUACAAAUGGACCUCAUCACGUCAAGAUCUAAUCACCGUAACGCCCAUAUACAAGGGAUUCAGCGAAUGCGCAAGCCAAGCUGUGGUCACAGUCCAGACUCGUGAAAAGCGCCGCAACACGGCAAUUGUCUUUGCCGAGGAAGUAGCCACUGGAGCCACAUUGCGUUGUGAUGUGAUUGUGGAUACGAUUGCUCGGUUAAAUGUGCGCACGGCCACACGCCAACUGUACCUGGAAGAGGCGCCGGCUACGUUUGAGCUACAUGCCUUCGACUCGCAGGGCAAUGAAUUCUUUACGCUGGAAGGCAUUGAGUUUAAUUGGGAGAUUUCCGCAUCCAGCAGCAACAUGCCAGCUGCAUUGCAUUUUCUCACCUUCUCGGACAGUCCUUUCCAUGUGGUGCCGCCGGCCCUGGAAAAAUUCGAAGCAUCUGGCAUAAAAGGUUAUAUGAUACUGUUGGAGGGAAUUAACACGGGCACUUCGAAGGUGGCCAUCAGUAUGCCACAGCCGGAGUACAGCCAUGUGCCUGCUAUUGAGGUGUACAUCAGUGUGCUGGCCAACAUCAUUAUCGAGCCAUCCGAUGUCACUGUUUUGGCUGGCGACACCAUCAAAUUUCGCAUUCUACAGCUGAAAAUGGACAGGCUAUAUGAGAUAACAUCGAAUAUGCAGUAUUAUCUGGAAGUGGAGGAUACAGAUGUGGCUUACUUAAAGGGCAACAGUGCCACAGGAUCGCGUUUGGGACGCACACAAGUAUUUCUAAGGGAUCGCAAUAUGCCGCACAACAGCGACAAUGGACUGGACAAACCGAAGGGACCAAGUGCCCUGCUCACUGUCGCGGAACCUCUCAAAUUGGGCAUCAGUUUGCUGCCUCACAAUAACUGGGUGACUGUGCAGGGCGAGCGUCACGAGGUGGCAUUUGAUCUGUAUGCCAGCGAUGGCCAAAAGAUUACGCUUGGCACUCGGUAUGCCAUUGGCUCGGAGCUGAACGACGCCUUGUUCAUCAUACACAAGAAGACGAAUAAUGGUAGUCGACUGUAUGGCGAAGCAAUACGGGAGGGCGUCACGCAAGUCUAUGGCCACUACAAGGAUCUGUCCGUACAAGCAGAGAUGCAAAUAUUUGAAUCGUUGCGACUGCAACCUGCCAAAGUUAUUCUACCCUUCGAUCCGAAUACCAUAAAAUCUCAAAAGUUUCAAUUUAAUGCUGCCGGCGGUGAUGGCAACUAUGUGUGGUUUUCUGGUAAUCCACAAAUCCUGCAAAUCGAUGGUCAGGGCUUGGCUACGACAGAGAUACGUGAUGUCCGUUUGCCUGGCAGCUCGCAGGAGUUCUUUGACUCUGGCAUCGAUCUGGCGGCUCAUACAACGGUGCGCGUGGCAUUGGCCAAAAACCAGAAGAUUUCCCGGCAGGCACAAAUCUACUUUUUGCCACCGCAACGUCUGCAGAUCAAACAGUAUAACUUUGAGACGGCUUUGAGGGAUUAUGUACAUCUUCAUGUCGCUGUCUAUGCUCAUGUCAAUGGCACCUAUGUGCCCUACUCCAAGUGCGAUAAUCUGCACUUCCAACUGGACUUUACGCAUUCCAUACUGCAGCUGGAGAAUGGCGCAGCGGAUCCAAACGAAGCAUUGGCCCCAGAGGCCUGUCAUGUUCUCAGACUGCGAAGCACAGCCGUGGGCAGCACUUCGCUGCGAAUCUCAUAUACCUUUCAGGAGAAGGUUUUGCAGGAUUCGGUCGAUUUGCAUGUCUUUGAGCCGCUAACUGUACUAAAUCCUUUGGAGAAUGAGGUUGUGCUGCCCAUCGGCGCAUCGCGCAAUGUGAUCUACACGCAUGGACCGCAACGCAUCUUCACGCUCGAAGCUGAGCUCACUAAGGCAACGCAGUUCAAUGCAAAGGUGGCGCAAGUAUCGGAAAUUGUAUUUGAUACACAGAAUUCGAUCACGGCAUUCACUGUGCUGUGCGUGGGACUGGGCGAGACGGAUUUCACUUAUCAGGUGCACAACACUCUGAACACACCCAACUUUGCUGCCUACAAUGCCCAUGUGACCACCAAGGUGCACUGUGUGCGUCCACGUUUCCUUAAGCUAUAUGCUCGCCAGCAGCUGCGUCAAUCGUGCCCAAUUGAGAUGCGUUCAUCGCUACUGUACCUGAAGGAUGAGGAGAACAAGUUUGAGGUGGAGAUUGAGGUGCAGGAUGUCAAGAAUCGCAAGCUGACGAACAUUAGUUCGCUGUACAUCGAUUGGGAGUUUGCUGCUGGCGACGAACGCUAUCACACCGACAGCAUUCCCCAUCAACAACAGGCCGAGGUUGAACAUUAUCAGGGCCUCAGGCUGCCAACUCGUGAUGUGCUGGUGUUGACACUCGGCGAAGUGGCGCCCAAUUUCCGCAUCAAGGGCACCGUUGACCGCUAUGACGACAAACUGCUGGCCAAGUUGGGCAUCACUCAGGAACGUCCUCCGUUUGGUGUAAAGAACCAAAAGACCGGCGAAGUUUCCAAACCGGACAUUGAGAAUGAGUUGCGUUUCCAGACGGUGAACAGUACAUUGCUGUCCCAGGAUCAUGUCAGCAUUUUCCUGGCUCCCUCGCACAGCGAACGCUUGCCCAUAGCCCAGGGCAGUGGAUUCUUCCAGCUGGAGCUCUCCGAACAGGGCAUUGUGCAGGUCAGCCACGACGAGAAGCAUCAGCAGCUGGUGCUGACGCCACUGCGUUUUGGUCAUGUGCGCUUGGAACUUAUCGAUCGUUGUCUGAUGAAUGAUCCCGCCUAUUUAUCCAUAUCUGUGGUUGGCAUUGGUGCCAUCAGAGUUGAGUCCUUGGAUCGCGUUGAACGUACCAACUCUAUUGAGGCUAUUGUGCGACUCUACGAUACCAAUGACAACCUGCUGCACAUUGAUUCCAAUAUGCUGAGCGUCUAUCAGCUAACUGAGCUUGUCUACGAUCCAACCAUACUGAGCAUCAAGCUUGAUGAGCAACACAAUUUGGGCAUUGGCAGAAUACGUUACACCAUUACAGGCAAUAAUAUUGGCGAGACUAAGAUAGUCUUCCAGACCGGCAAGGGUGAUCUGCUGGUGACCAGUGAGCCGCUCAACAUUCAGGUCUUCGCACCAUUGCGCUUGUAUCCGCGUAACUCAACGCUUGUUGUGGGCUCGAGCAUACAGAUUUACUAUCACGGCGGACCGCAGCCAAACACGAACAUUGUGUAUAGCGUGCAGAAGCAGCAAGUGGCCAGCAUGAGCUCGGCCAUUGUUACAGCACACAAGCUGGGCGUAACGAAAAUAACCGGCAGAUGUUUGCUUAAGAACCCAAUUAGCGGAAAGGAUGAUGUGGUCUCGGAGGAUUCGGUGGAAAUUCGUGUCGUCGCCCUCACAGCAAUGCAAAUCCGAACGCCCCUUGUGCGUAUACGCAGCGGUGCUGUUAUGCCUGCCACGCUUUGGGGCCAGCCCGACUUGUCGCCCAUGGUGCUGGGCACGUUGGAGAAUAUGCGGACCACAUGGACGGUCAAUCAGCCGGAUGUUGUCGAGAUCUUUAAUGUAUUUUCCGCUGCAGGUAUCGAAUACCAGAGCAGCGAUUUAAUUUCUGUACGUAUACGCGCUCUCAAUCCUGGCAAGGUCACAAUCACCGCCUCCGUGCAGCUGGCAGAUGGCGUAAAGCUGCCGCCGACCAGCGUGGAGCUAAUUGUUUUCAAAACACUGGAACUGCUCGCACCAAAGCCGAUAACAAUGGACUGGAUUUUGGCAGCGCCGCGAAGUACGCUUCAGUUAAAAUGUAAUAUGGAUGAUGCUGUCUAUAAAUUGGAUGGUCAGAGCAGCGGCAUUGUCAGUGUGUCGCCAGAUGGUGUUGUCAAUACAAAGGAUACCCUCGGCCGUGAUCUGAUAAUUGCGAAAACUGUAGACCAGACGCUACCCAUUGGCAUCGAAGUGAAGAAUGUGCAAUACAUUUUGGUGACUUUGCAGCCGGACAUUAAAUUGAAACAGCUGGAGCAUAAAAUACCACGCGGCAUGAAUUUCGUAUUUAAAGUUUCGUUGCAUGACAAUCUCGGCAACGAGUUCUCCCACAACAUUGAGGAUGUGAAUGGACUGCGCUACGAUUUGGCCACCAAGGAUGUGGUCGAUGCACAGAUUGGCAAUAAUCUGACAAUUGCGUUGAGUUUGCCACGCGAGACGAGCAACAUGAUUGCCAUCAGCUUAAAGGAUACAACUGGAAUGAAGCAUGCCGAGGAUUACAUCAAACUGUCUGUAUCAGACUCUCAGUUCAUUUAUCCCACCAAGACAAUUUUGUCAGUAGGUGACAUCAUUUGCUUCGAUUCACCGCUAACUUUGUCAUCGAUUUGGAGCAGCUCCAAUGAGCAGUUGGUAACGAUUAACCAGCACACAGGCAUUGCACGGGUGCUAAAUCAUCAACGCAAGCUGGGCGAGAAGGUGGCGGUGACAUGUGGCGAUAAAAUGCGGCGUGGCGGUUACCUCAAGUACGAUCUGGAGUUGCGUGAAUCGGAUGCGAUUGUGUUUGCCAAAUCCCUGGACAUAUUCAGCGGAUCGGAGUAUAAGGCGCAGUUGGUGUUGCGCAAUCACAUACAAGUGGACAAGUACAGCAAUUUGAUUGCACAGAACGCAUCGAAAUGCAUAAAUCAGCUGAAUAAGGUCGCUGUGGAAGCGUUUAACUGUCGCCUGGUUGCCAAGGAUGAAAUCGGGCACAAGUUGCUCAAGCUGUAUCAAGUGCAGCCCAUAUUUGAUACAGCCAGCACACAGUAUGCUUGCAGUCUGCAGUUGAAGUCCACAUUUACUGAACUGUUAUCCACGCUGAAGACCAACAAUGCCUUCUUGGAACUGGAGGCCUCAAUGCCCAACGGAGUAUUAGAUACCAUGUCGUUGAAGCUAGUGCCGGGCAUUAAAGUGUCGGUGGAGUCAUUGCAAGUGCACGACUUGAAAUCGCAGGAACUGCAAAUAAGUGGCUUGGAUAAGGCACUUCAAAAGCUGCAGGUCAAACCAUCCGAUUCCAAGUACUUUUCCAUCGAUUUGGUUGAACAGGCUCAUGGCCUGAGCAAAUAUCGUGUGCGUUUCCUCAGCGAUUUACCACUCGAUGAGCAUUUCUCUGUGCUGAUUCAUUCACCGGAAACGAAUCAAAGCCUAGAGGUUCCCAUCGUUAGCGACACGACGACGCUGCAAAAGUGCUCGACAAAAUCAACUGGAGGACCGUUGCUGCAAUUGCUGAUCGAGAAUCUAAACUUUAUCGUGACUAUGAUGAUAAUUGUUGUCGCAUCGAUAUGGGUAUAUGUAUCCUUCUUCCAGUCACAGGGAGUCGUGCAAGUCAACUCCGAGGCUUUCCAGACAAGCGCGUCUCGCAAAAUUUCCCCAAAUUCCUCGGCGUUUAAUGCGUCGCCCAACAAAUCAUUCGGAGAUAUGUCGAGUCGUUCGCUAAGCCGGUCGCCCCGUUUGAACGAGGGCGAAGAGUAUUUUGUCUACGGUAAUCCACAGAUGAGUUCGCCCAACAGAACUCGUCGCUUCAACUAGUUUACUAUGUUGCAGAGAGGCUGCUGCAGGAACUGAUUUCAAUUUAGGCAGCUAGUAAGGUAGUUUUUAAGAAGUCAUAGAUGAGAACUCAGGUAAUGACGUCAUAUCGAUAAUUAUGUGUUUUGGUUUCUAUGUAAAUACUAUAAACUAUAAUUAACUGUAAGAUAUGUUAGAUAAGCUCAAAAAGAUUAUGAUUAUAUAGGGAACCUAACUCAUUUCUAUAAUAUUUAUUAAAUACUUAACUUUUGUAAAUCUUUUGUUAAAUAUUAGCACACUGUUUUUUGUAAUAAUAAUGAGGAAUAAAUAAAGAGGUAAAAAAUGUA